AUGAACACAAUUCGGUCUACCUGGGUUGGCUGGGGCACCCUUUGCGUCGCUGGCGGCGGGGCCUACUACUUUGCCAAACAGUCCAUCAAUGCCGACCGACAGGCCCGGUUUGAGGCCGAGAUGAAGCGCAAGGCGCAGCUAAAGGCCAUGGAAAACGAUCAUAAGCGGCAGGCCGCCAUGACCGCGCCCACCCCCGACUCGACCGACGGCGCCAGCUUGAAGCGAGCCAACAUGACACGGUUCCAAAAUGCGGCGGACGAUGUCGCCUCGCCCAGCGCCGAAGCUUCACACGACCCAGCCCCGACUCGCCACGAGCCCAUGACGGAUGACGACCGAGUGCUGGAGAAGGGAAAAUACGAGACUGCACAGCCGUUUAGUCCUCCCCGUGGGAACCGAUUUAGUUAG